GGUACGUCUGACUGUACGAGACUUGGCUCUUGGUGGGAUACGCGAAGGCAUCUCUCGGUCCGACGGAGGCAGACAUCAACAAGCUCCCCAGUCCCCCGGUCACUUCCUGUCUCCAGAAAUUUUCCUAAUUUUAAAAUUUCCACCAAGUUUACAUUGGGAAAAAUUCUUAAAGUAAAUAUAGCAGGAGGGACUGAAAUUGUGGAGGAGCCUGCAACGCAAGAUUCGACGAGGGAAAGAUUUUUUAUUUCCGGAAAACACACUCCCAAAUAAAUAUUUGAGAAAGCGUCCGAUGGACGACACUUCCGAGCAGACGGACAGGAUGACCGUGAAGAUCAACCACAUGGAGUCCCCUUCAGCUAACAGGAGGUCAUCAAAAGCCAAAAAAGUGGUCAGAAAGGAGCGUCGUCGUCGUCGUCGUCGUCACGUGGUGAAGAAAAUCUUCCCCUGCAAAAUCUGCCUUUGUCCCUUCACCAACGGAACCUCUGCUCGCUUCCACGCCCGCACCCACCUCAACCCCCACGAGCUGGAGCAGUCUUCACUUUUCCAUGAGAAAUGCCCCCACUGCCAAAAACCGUUUCUCCGUCGUCACCACUUUACCAACCACGUGAACGCGCACGAAGGUCGGAAGAACCACGACUGCCCCACCUGCAAAAAGAAAUUCACCACAAAACAGCAAUUGACCGCGCAUGCCUUCGUCCACCUGAGCCGCGAGGAGCGCGCCGAGGUGCGGCAGGGCUGGCGACACGGCUGCUACUUUUGCAGCAAACGAUUCAGAAUUUCGGCCCAUCUCAGACGUCAUCUUGUGCGCCACACCAAGGAAAAAGUGGGCGGAAAAUGUCCCACUUGUCAAAAAACGUUCGCCUCCAAAUAUUCCCUGACCAGGCAUCGUUUCGCCCAUCUCUCCGAAGACGAGAAGGUCGCCCUCGUGAAGCAGGGGACGAGUCGGGAGUGCCUAUUUUGCCAAAAGAUAUUCGCUAACAAUGACACGUAUCAUGCUCACCUGGCCUCCCAUACGAAGGAAAAACCAUUCCGCUGCGACCAGUGUGGCAAACAGUUCGGCCUUAAUUGUAGCUUAAGCCGGCACAAGCUUAUCCACACUUCCAACCCAAAACGGUUCAAUUGCGACGAGUGUGACCAAGCGUUCGGUCAAAAAUAUCACCUGACCAGCCACAAGAAGACUGUGCACCGGAAGCGGAAGGACAUAGCCCGAGUCCCGUGUCCCGAGUGCGGAAAGAAGUUCGGGAGGAAGAGUCACAUGGUGACACAUCUGAGGAGUGUUCAUGCCAAAAUCCGGCACCCCUGCCCCCACUGCGGACAAACAUUCACGAAUAAAUCCAAUCUUGGGAGACACUUAAGGAAGGUUCAUCAGAACCUCUCAUAAAUAGCGUCUCAUCAAGUGACCACGUGUUUCCCAUAUUUUUGUUAACAUUAUUUCACGACUUAUUCCUAAAUAAUUAUUCUUAUGGUGCUGUUAAAAAUUGCAUAAUUGAAUUAUUAAGGUGUAAAAAUGACACAAUUUUUGUUACCGUUUUGAUCACGACGAUUUUUAUGUAGUAAAAUCAUGUAAGAAAAAAAAA